UGACUCAGCUGUUGUAUGUAUGAGAUUUGUCCACACACUGGCUCUUCAGACAGGUCUUCCAUAUCUCAAGUUGAGAAGUUCCAUAUCAUACUAAACAUGGAGAAAGAAGAAAAGAAAUAUGUCAAUAAAGCAGAGGAAGAUGAGAUGGAGGUCUAUGGCUAUGAUCUGUGUCGCUGGAAGCUGGUGCUAGUUACUGUGGGAGUGAUCUGCUCUGGUGGCUUUCUUCUCCUCCUCCUCUACUGGAUGCCCCAGUGGCGUGUGAAAGCAACGUGCAGAAGGACGGCGCUUAGGGACUGUGAGGUGGUUCUGCUGAGGACGACUGAUGAAUUCAAGAUAUGGUUUUGUGCAAAGGUUCGCAUUAUGCCUUCCUUGGGAGCCAGUCCUUUACAGAAUCCUAACCCUAUCAUGCACAAGGUUUCAAAUGGCCAUGCUGUUCAUUUCUCUGAAUCUGCUGCAGAAGAGAAUAAAAAUGAUUCGAGAAAACAUUUGCCUAUUCGUUACUUCACACAUCACAGUGUGAAGUAUUUUUGGAAUGAUUCAGUUCAAAGUUUUGAUGUUGUACGAGGUCUAGAUGAAUCUACCUUCUGCUCUGCAAUUCAUAAUGAACACAGCACAGGACUGACAAAAGGAAUGCAUGAUUACAGAAAAGCAUUCUAUGGAGUAAAUGAAAUUGCUGUGAAAGUGCCUUCCAUUUUUAAGCUUCUGGUUAAGGAGGUUCUCAACCCUUUUUACAUUUUCCAGUUGUUCAGUGUGAUAUUGUGGAUCACUGAUGAGUAUCACUACUAUGCAUUAGCAAUUGUGAUUAUGUCUGUAAUAUCCAUUGUUAGCUCACUCUACACCAUUAGAAAGCAAUAUGUUAUGUUACAUGACAUGGUAGCAGCUCACAGCAUUGUAAGGGUUUCUGUCUGCAGAGGAAACCAAGAAAUAGAAGAAAUCCUUUCCACCGACCUUGUGCCUGGAGAUACCAUGUUGAUUCCAUCCAAUGGGACAAUUAUGCCCUGUGAUGCAGUUCUGCUCAGUGGUACUUGCAUUGUAAAUGAAAGUAUGCUAACAGGUGAAAGCGUUCCUGUCACAAAGAUUAAUCUGCCAAAUCCUUCGGAAUAUCCAAAAGCAGUGGGAGAUGAGAUCUACAGUCCCGAAGUGCACAAGCGGCACACGCUGUUCUGUGGAACCAACGUCAUUCAGACCCGCUUCUACACCGGGGAGUUGGUCAAAGCUCUGGUAGUGAGGACAGGCUUUAGUACUGCUAAAGGACAGCUUGUUCGUUCCAUACUGUACCCAAAGCCAACCGAUUUUAAGCUCUACAGAGAUGCCUAUUUGUUUCUCCUGUCUCUAGUGGUGGUAGCAGGCUUUGGGUUUCUUUACACAAUUGUCAAUAGCAUCUUAAAUGAGGUUCCAGCUCGCACCAUCAUCAUUGAGUCUCUUGACAUUAUCACUAUCACGGUGCCUCCAGCACUCCCUGCUGCUAUGACUGCUGGCAUCGUUUAUGCACAAAGAAGGUUGAAAAAAAUUGGCAUCUUCUGCAUUAGCCCACAAAGGAUAAAUAUUUGUGGCCAGCUGAAUCUUGUGUGUUUUGAUAAGACUGGCACACUUACUGAGGAUGGCUUGGAUCUUUGGGGAAUUCAGCGGGUGGAAAAUGCUCGUUUCCUUUUGCCGGAAGAGAGGGCUUGCAGCGAGAGCUUGCUGAAGUCAGAGUUUGUUGCUUGCAUGGCAACUUGUCAUUCCCUUACAAAAAUUGAAGGGGUGCUUUCUGGGGAUCCACUUGAUUUGAAGAUGUUUGAAGCAAUAGGAUGGAUUUUAGAAGAAGCAACUGAAGAGGAAACAGCCCUUCAUAAUCGAAUCAUGCCAACAGUGGUUCGACCUUCAAAACAACUUUCCCCAGAAUCCAAGCAAGCAACAGAUCAAGAAAUGGAAUUGUUUGAGCUGUCGACUGGGUAUGAAAUUGGAAUCGUGCGCCAGUUUCCAUUUUCCUCAGUGUUGCAGCGCAUGUGUGUAAUAGCCAGGGUUCUAGGGGAAAAGAGAAUGGAUGCUUACAUGAAAGGUGCUCCAGAAGUGAUUGCCAGCUUGUGUAAGCAGGAAACAGUUCCUGUUGACUUUGAGCGUGUCCUGGAAGAAUACACUAAGCAGGGCUUCCGAGUUAUUGCUCUUGCUCACAGAAAACUGGAGUCUAAGCUUACGUGGCACAAAGUCCAGACUAUUAGCAGAGAUGCUAUUGAAAGCAACAUGGAUUUUAUGGGGUUAAUUAUAAUGCAAAACAAGUUAAAGCAAGAAACCCCUGCUGUACUUGAAGAUUUGCAUAAAGCCAACAUUCGCACUGUCAUGGUUACAGGGGAUAACAUGUUAACUGCUAUCUCUGUGGCCAGAGACUGUGGAAUGAUUCUACCUCAGGAUAAGGUCAUUAUUGCUGAAGCACUACCUCCAAAGGAUGGGCAGGCUGCCAGGAUCAACUGGCAUUAUGCAGAUACCCUCGCAAAAUGCACUAGUUCAUCACCAGCCAUAAACUCAGAGGAUAUUCCAGUUAAAUUGGUCCAUGAAAGCCUUGAGGAUCUCCAGAUGACAAAAUACCAUUUUGCAAUGAAUGGGAAGUCAUUUGCAGUGAUUUUGGAGCAUUUUCAGGACCUGGUACCCAAGCUCGUGCUACAUGGCACUGUGUUUGCUCGCAUGGCACCUGAUCAGAAAACUCAGCUGGUGGAAGCUUUACAAAAUGUAGAUUACUAUGUGGGCAUGUGUGGAGAUGGAGCAAAUGACUGUGGGGCACUGAAGAGAGCACAUGGUGGUAUAUCUCUGUCUGAACUUGAGGCUUCUGUGGCAUCACCAUUCACUUCCAGGACACCCAGCAUUUCCUGUGUGCCAAAGCUGAUCAGGGAAGGCCGUGCUGCUUUAGUAACUUCCUUCUGUGUGUUCAAAUUCAUGGCAUUAUACAGCAUCAUCCAGUACAUCACUGUUACUUUGCUGUAUUCUAUCCUGAGCAAUUUGGGAGAUUUCCAGUUUCUCUUCAUUGAUUUGGCAAUCAUUUUGGUGGUUGUCUUCACUAUGAGUCUGAACCCUGCUUGGACAGAGCUUGUUGCACGAAGGCCUCCAUCAGGUCUUAUCUCAGGUCCACUUCUGUGUUCCGUGUUGUCUCAAAUCGUCAUCUGCCUUGCUUUCCAAACCCUGGGCUUCUUUUGGGUCAAACAGCAGUCCUGGUAUGAGCCUUGGACACCAGACUCUGAUGCAUGUAAUGUGUUGGACGCCCAGAACACCAGCUCUGCACACCACGGGAAUGAGACUAUUCAUGAUGAACAUUACAUUAAAAAUUAUGAAAACACAACUUUGUUUUUUAUAUCCAGCUUUCAGUACCUCAUAGUGGCAAUUGUCUUUUCUAAAGGAAAGCCCUUUAGACAACCAUGCUACAAAAAUUUUCUGUUUGUUUUAUCUGUUAUAGUUCUUUAUGUCUUCAUAUUUUUCAUCAUGCUGCACCCUGUUGAACCUAUCGACGCAUUUCUUGAGCUUGUGUGUGUGCCACCGGAGUGGCGCCUAAGAAUUGUCAUCAUCGUUAUUCUAAAUGCACUUGUAUCUGUGCUGACAGAGAAUGUCCUCCUUGAUAUGAUCCUUUGGAAGGUUGUGUUCAAUCGAGACAAACAAGGAGAAUCUCGCCUCACCAUACCCCAGCCGCCUCAGGAGGCUGGGGACCGCUGUGGAGUCUGUUUCCUUUCUUCCCUGUUUGGUUGUAGAGAGAAGACACCAAAAGCCAAGUAUAUGCACCUAGCUCAGGAACUGCUGGUUGAUCCAGAAUGGCCACCAAAACCCAGGACAACAACAGAAGCGAAAGUACCAUCCCGAGAAAAUGGUUCAUAUCAAAUCAUCACUGUAACGUAGCAGUGGAUCUUGGUGGCAUGCAUCUUUAGUAGUAUUCAGAAGAAUGUAAUUUUAAGGCUUUAUUUGAAACUGCAGUGUGCUAAAUGUCAAAUUCUAAUGCAGAUAUUUCCAACUGUUUUGUCUCUCUGAAUACAAAAUUCAGAGCCAGGCGUCUUAUGGCUAUACAUUUUAAAAAUGUAAGUUAUCCUAGGCAGAACAAAAAUGAUUGUUUCCUUCCACCUUCUUUCAGAUUUCAUUGUUCCUAAAUGAGAUGCAUUUGAAGGUUUAAACUGCAGGGCAGUUAAAACAGGUUCACAUUAUUUGCCUGGAGUAUCUUAAUAGUUGUUCUAACCUGCUUAUCUGGGCAUGUGUUCAUGUAAACCCUAUGAUGUGAUGGUUUCAUGGCUGUACUAGAGGUGCAUAAUAACCUUGUCAUGGUUUGGGGUUUUUUUGUGUCUGUGUUUUUGGUUGGUUGGGGUUAUUUUGUUUGUUUAGUUGGUUUUAUUUGACUGAUGAAAAGUUUUGUGCCUCAGAACGGUUCUAAAGUUUGUGUGUGUGUGUACCUCUAAGUUUGUCCCUAUUAGUAAGGAGCAUUUCCAGGUGUAAUGUUUGGGUUCUAAGUUCAGUUCUUUAGUCUGCCACAGCAGACUGGGAAUGCUGUAGAAGCAAUAUGCUCUGUCCUUAAGAAAUAAGCACAUUGCUUUCAUGUAGAUUCUUGACUUCUAUUCUAGCUAACCAUAGGGAAGGCUUAGGUGGCCUCCAGGGGAGGAGCCAUUUGGUUACACUCUAAAGUUUUUGGAGAAAGAAGGAUGGAGAAUCUAAACCCUUUCUUAUGUCACGUUUUAUUACAUUUAGCUAUGCAUUUCUCCAUAGACCUUGCUUUUUCCAGCAGAAGGGUUGGAUUAUCCCUUUGUGGACCAUGUUUUAUUUGUGAAUCUAAAGAUAAUUUUCUUAUAUACCUUGAAGUAGUAAGGCCAGAGUUACUGCUGCAAGGAAUAUGGGAGUGGGAGGGAGGUAUUGUCACGUGCCCAUGUGUGGGGUUUGUGCACGUUAAGAGCACAGGCGUUUCAGAGUCUGCCAGUGUCUUAAACUCUACAUGUAGCUGUACAAAACAAAAUUAAGAGAAAAUUGAGCUAAAGUCUGUCUUGCUGCAGAACUAUAAGGCUUAUGCAGAUUUUAUUUAUUAAAAAAAAAAAAAAAAGAAAAAAUAAAAGCAUGUAUCACCACUAAUGCUGCUUAAGCACUAGGGGUAGCCAUACGUAAUUUUGCCAUGAGGCAGUAUCAGAACACAAGACCACUAGAAAAAUAGGUCUACAAAGAAGUAGAGGCAGACAGCACUUUGACUUGCAAGGUUUAAAACUUUUUUUUUUUUUUUUU